AGAGCUGAGGAGUAUCUGCAGAGCCAUCUAUAGUGCCUAGGACAUGUCUUUUAGGGCCGGGAGUGUCUCCAUGGGCUGACCUGAGGAUGCAGCUCACCUACAUGGGUCUGUGGCCAUUUAGCAGGCCUGGAAGAGCUGUUCCAGGGCUAGUGACCAUGGAGGAAGAAGAUGAGUCUAGAGGGAAGACAGAAGAGUCAGGCGAGGAUCGGGGUGAUGGUCCACCAGACAGAGACCCCAUGCUUUCUCCUUCUGCCUUUAUCCUGCGGGCCAUUCAACAGGCUGUGGGAAGUUCCUUGCAGGGGGACCUGCCGAAUGAUAAAGAUGGCUCCCGAUGUCAUGGCCUUCGAUGGAGGCGCUGUCGGAGCCCAUGGUCAGAGCCCCGUUCCCAGGAAUCAGGGGGAACUGACACAGCUGCUGUGUUUGACAUGGCCGCAGACAGCUUCCUUGUGGGGCUGGUGAGCAUACUGGAUCCCCCAGACACCUGGGUUCCCAGCCGCCUGGACCUGCAGCCUGGCGAAAGCGAGGACAUGCUGGAGCUGGUGGCCGAGGUCCGAAUAGGGGACAGGGAUCCGAUCCCCCUGCUGGUGCCGAGCCUGUUGCCCCGUCUCAGGGGCUGGAGGACAGUCAAAACGGUUUCUCCGCAGUCUCACUCCUCCCGACCCACCUGUGCCCGCCACCACCUCACCUUGGGCACUGGAGAUGGGGGCCCCGCCCCACCCCCUGCCCCCUCUUCUGCGUCCUCCUCCCCCUCUCCUUCCCCCUCAUCCUCCUCCCCUUCCCCGCCUCCCCCUCCACCCCCGCCAGCGCCCCCGGCCCCUCCUGCCCCCCGAUUUGACAUCUAUGACCCCUUCCACCCCACCGAUGAGGCCUAUUCCCCACCGCCUGCUCCAGAGCAGAAGUACGACCCCUUCGAGCCCACUGGCUCCAACCCCAGCUCAUCAGCCGGGACCCCCUCACCGGAGGAGGAGGAGGAGGAGGAGGAGGAGGAGGAGGAAGAGGAGGAGGAGGAGGAGGAGGAAGGCCUGUCCCAGAGCAUCAGCCGCAUCUCAGAGACCCUGGCCGGCAUCUAUGAUGACAACAGCCUGAGCCAGGACUUCCCAGGUGACGAGAGCCCGCGGCCGGAGCCCCAGCCCCCGCAGCCGGCCCCGGUCCCCGGAACUCCGCCGCAGGCCGACUCCACCAGGGCCGAGGGGGCCACCCGCCGGCGGGUCUUCGUGGUGGGGACCGAGGCGGAGCCCUGCCGGGAAGGCAAGGUUUCGGUGGAGGUCGUGACGGCAGGUGGAGCCGCCUUGCCUCCCCCGCUGCUGCCCCCCGGAGACUCAGAGAUUGAGGAGGGCGAGAUCGUCCAACCCGAGGAGGAGCCCAGGGUGGCGCUGCCCCUUUUCCGGGCCAGCGGCCGGGCGGCCCGACCUCCCCAGGCAGCCCCAGCCCCCCAGGCGGCCCAGCCGCCCCCGCCGCCGCCCGCCCCCCGGGCCCCCGAGGGGGACGACUUUCUGUCGCUGCACGCGGAGUCGGACGGCGAGGGCGCCCUGCAGGUGGACCUCGGGGAGCCGGCCCCCGCCCCGCCCGCCGCCGACUCCCGCUGGGGCGGCCUGGACCUCCGCCGCAAGAUCCUGACGCAGCGGCGGGAGCGCUACCGCCAGCGCUCGCCCUCCCCGGCCGCGGCCGCCGCCGCCGCCGCCGCCGCCGCCGCCCCCGCGGGCCCGCCCACCCGCAAGAAGUCGAGGCGGGAGCGCCAGCGGAGCGGCGGCGAGGCCAGGGAGGCCACCGCCGCCUCGGGCGCGCAGCCAGCCCCGCCGGCGCCCGCCUCCGGCUCCCCCUGGGACUCCAAGAAGCACCGCUCCCGGGACCGCAAGCCCGGCUCCCACGCCUCGUCGUCCGCCCGCCGCCGCUCGCGCUCCCGCUCCCGCUCCGCCCGCCGCCGCUCACGCAGCACCGACCGCCGCCGCGGGGGCAGCCGCAGAUCCCGCUCCCGGGAGAAGCGGCGGCGGCGGCGGCGCUCGGCCUCCCCGCCCCCGGCCACCUCCUCGUCGUCGUCCUCGAGGCGCGAGCGGCACCGCGGGAAGCACCGGGACGGCGGCGGCGGCGGCAAGAAGAAGAAGAAGCGGUCCCGGUCCCGGGGCGAGAAGCGGUCUGGGGACGGCGAGAAGGCCGCGGCGCCCGCCCCGCCGCCCCCGGGCCCCGCCUCCGUGGGUGGCGAGCGGGACAGCCGCCGCCGGGGCGCCGUGCCGCCCUCCAUCCAGGACCUCACGGACCACGAUCUCUUCGCCAUCAAGCGGACCAUCACCGUGGGCCGGCCCGACAAGUCCGACGCCCGAGGCCCCUCCCCGGCCCCGGCCGUGUCGCCCAAGCGCGAGGUCCUGUACGACUCCGAGGGCCUGAGCGCCGAGGAGCGCGGAGGCAAGGGCAGCGAGAAGGACCGGCGCCGCUCGGGGGCUGCGUCCUCCUCGUCCUCUGCCCGGGAGAAGGGAUCUCGGCGGAAGGCGGUGGAUGGGGGCGACCGGGACAGGGACAGGGACAGGCCAUCUAAGAAGGCCCGGCCCCCCAAGGAGGCGGCGCCUUCGGGGCCCCCGCCGAAGCCGCCGGUCAGCAGCGGCUCAGGCUCCUCGUCCUCGUCGUGCUCCUCCUCCUCCCGGAGGGUGAAGCUGCAGUCCAAGGUGGCGGUGCUGAUCCGCGAGGGCGUCAGCAGCACCACGCCCGCCAAGGAGGCCGCGUCUGCCGGCCUGGGCUCCAUCGGAGUCAAGUUCAGCCGCGACCGCGAGAGCCGCUCGCCCUUCCUCAAGCCGGACGAGCGGGCCCCCGCCGAGGUGGCCAAAGCAGCUCCGGGCGGCACCAAGCCCAAAAAGACCAAGGUCAAGGCCAAGGCUGGGGCCAAGAAAGCCAAGGGGACCAAGGGAAAGACCAAGCCGUCCAAGACGCGGAAGAAGGCCCGCGGUGGGGGCGGCGGCGGCCCUGUGACGCUGAAGAAGUCCAAGGCGGAUAGCUGCAGCCAGGCAGCGGGGUCCAAGGGGGCCGAGGAGACGUCCUGGUCCGGGGAGGAGCGGGCAGCCAAGGCCCCCAGCACCCCGCCGCCCAAGGCAGCCCCUCCGCCUCCUGCACUCACCCCCGACUCCCAGACUGUGGAUAGCAGCUGCAAGACACCCGAGGUCUCCUUCCUUCCGGAAGAGGCCACCGAGGAGACUGGCGUCCGAGGUGGGGCAGAGGAGGAGGAGGAGGAGGAGGAGGAAGAGGAGGAGGAGGAGGAGGAGGAGGAGCAGCAGCCUGCCACCACCACGGCCACCAGCACAGCUGCCGCGGCCCCAAGCACUGCCCCUAGCGCGGGGUCCACAGCUGGUGACUCGGGGGCGGAGGAUGGGCCGGCCACCCGCGUCUGCCAGCUGCCCACGCUGCCCCCACCCAUGCCCUGGAGUCUGCCCGCUGGCGUGGACUGCACCACCAGCGGCGUCCUGGCCCUGACUGCACUUCUCUUCAAGAUGGAAGAAGCCAAUCUGGCGAGCCGAGCAAAAGCCCAGGAGCUGAUCCAGGCCACCAACCAGAUCCUCAGCCACAGGAAGCCGCCCUCCAGUCUGGGGAUGACACCGGCCCCUGUGCCCACCUCUCUGGGCCUACCCCCUGGCCCCACCAGCUACCUGCUCCCUGGUGGCCUCCCUCUGGGAGGCUGUGGCUCUACCCCUCCCACCCCCACUGGGCUGGCUACAGCAUCUGACAAGAGGGAGGGCAGCAGCAGCUCCGAGGGACGUGGGGACACAGACAAGUAUCUGAAAAAGCUGCACACGCAGGAGCGGGCGGUAGAGGAGGUGAAGCUGGCCAUCAAACCGUACUAUCAGAAGAAGGACAUCACCAAGGAGGAAUACAAGGACAUCCUGAGGAAGGCUGUCCACAAGAUCUGCCACAGCAAAAGUGGGGAGAUCAACCCGGUGAAGGUGAGCAACCUGGUACGGGCCUACGUCCAGCGCUACCGCUACUUCCGCAAGCACGGCCGCAAGCCAGGGGACCCCCCGGGACCCCCACGGCCGCCCAAGGAGCCGGGGCCCCCUGACAAGGGUGGUCCAGGCCUGCCCUUGCCCCCUCUCUGAGACCCUCUGCUACCCCUUCCCUCUGCCUUCUAGGAAUUCUGGACGUAUUUAUGGCUCCGCCUCCCCACCUCCCUCCUCCUGUCAGUGGGAUGAUUGGGGGAGGGUUGCUGCAGGGGAAAAGGAGAGCCCCCUACCCUGCCCAGCCCGGUGCCCGUGUCCCUUGCCCCAGAACCUGUCCCCAUCGCUGCCUCUCUGUUCGUGCUCCUACCCCGAUUUCAUUAAAGAUUUCAUGAAAUGUUA